UCCGGCCGUCCUCUGACUCACGUGCGGGGGCGGAGACUCCUUUUUGGGACUCACCAGUGGAGGACGGCCUGUCCCCCCCUCCUCCUCCCAGCUCGGACCGCUCCGUGUGCUUCGUGUAACGACGACUUUCAUCCACACGAAUCGAGCGCAGACCUCAUUUUAACCUGCGCUUGCGACCCUUUUUAAAAUGUGAAGAAAAUGGCCGGGACUAGCUCUGAUUGGGUGGAGAUCCUGGAGCCACGCUCCCGUGAGCGCAUGUAUGUGAACUUGACCACCGGGGAGUGCGGAUGGGAUCCUCCUCUAGGUGCUCCCGUCCGUCAGGCCGAUGGUAACCAGUGGUGGGAGCUCUUUGACCCCCAAAGUGGCCGCUUCUACUACUACAACUCUACAGGGCUGCGCACAGUCUGGCAUCGGCCACAAGGAGCAGAUAUAGUGCCCCUCUCCCAGCUUCAGGCUAUGAAGCGCUGUAGUGAGGCCAAGCGGGCGGGAGUGGGUGCGGAGAGGCAGCAGCAUGUGACCACAGGGAGUAUCAGCAGUGUGGGGAGUCAGGGUCCAUGCACCUCUCUGCCUGAGCAAGAUGGAGACAACCCUGGGACAACUGAGGUGACUUCUAACCUAGAGCUGGACCCAGCAGUGGAUGUCAGGUCACAGGCAGACGGAUGCAGCAAUGAAAACAAAGAACCACAGAGAGAUGGUCCUCAAAGAUGGCAGCCUACACCUGGUUCUAAGGCAGCAAUGUUGGUAAAGGUGAACAGCAUGAAUCGGAGCCAGCCAAGCCCAGCUUCACAGCAGGAGCUCAUCCAGCACAGUGCACUCAACAAACCCAGCACCUUCACGCUACACCCAUCCAACAAUAAGGCCCAAGGAGGAUGCUUAGACUCCACCCAGGGACAUAAAACCGCCCCCUGUGGCAAAACGGCAGCUGACGCACGCCAGGCCCAUCACCUAAGAAAAGCCAGUAAUGGCAGCUUUUGUUUAGUGACAUCAGACAGUAGUCAACCCAGUCCACACCUUCAUAGAUCACAGACCAGCACACCACGCCCAGCCUCCCCCCAGUAUGCUUGCAGUGCCCCAAUCUAUGAUGAGCCAGUUACAGACUCUCCCAUAUAUGACGAACCUCCAACAGACAUGGAGGUAGAAGGAGCACAUCUUUUCAAUGGGCAACAACUGUCUCGCCUGACUCCCUCCCAUAGUCUCCAGAAACCAAGACUUCUCCAGCAUCCCGGUCCAUCUCUCCCAGGUUCCAGGCACAGGAGAAAUCCUUCUGCCUCUGACUACAGCCCAGCUGGUCUAGAGUGCAUCAAACAUAUGAUCAACGUAGACCCCAAGCAGCUCCUAUCUGGCUCCCCUGUACCUACAUGCACCGCUUCUCCGACAUCCCGGCGGGACCUUGUCCCAAUACAACCUCAGUCACAGGCUCACUCUUUGCCCCAAAUUCAAGGCCAGUUACGAGACAGAGAAGCAGGGACCCCAGGCCCAAAUACACUGGAUAAAAAGCAGAGUUGGCGAGUCCUGGAGGCCACAGUACAGCGUGCUAUGGAGGCACGACACAGUAGGCAGAGCAGCCAAGCUUCACAGGACUUCGCCUCCUUGACACCUCAGGCAACCGCAAACUAUCAAGACUCUGGCUACUCCACUGGGCCCUCUCCGAGUCUAAGAAGAAAGAGUAGGAGAAGGAUGGGAGGUGCAGGAGGCAGGCCUGGGUCAGUAGGCAGUAGUGGAGAGCUCUGUGCCCUCAAUGAGAGGUUGAUGGCCGAGAUGAGGGAAGUGGUAAGUCGCUCCAACACCAUGAGGGAGGUAAGAGUGGGACUCGAACAGGAGAUAGUCGAGAGGGUAGUUGUAUGUCAGACACGCUCCCCCGUAGACUCACUAAGGUGGUAUGGAGGAGGAGGAGGAGGAGGAGCAGGACGGGGUGUGUCAGUCGGCAGGUGCUCAUCUCGAGAGGACAUCACUGGGACUUCCCGCUCGCUGAGUAAGGCAGGCAAUGCUGCUCUGAACCCUCUAGAGAUUCCAGGGAGACAGAAAAGGACAUAUGAAAAAGUUGAUGCUUUGGAGAUGACUAUUAAUAGCCAGGCCAGCCUAUCUUCACCUGAGACGCCAGGCCCACCCUCCCAGGUGAGCACCCUUGAGCUACAGGCUCAGCUGGAGAGCAGAAAGAAAGACAUGGUGGAUGGACGCAGUGCGUCCCUUGGCCCACACCGACCUGCCAACCAUGACAACAGAGAGGGAUCUGAAGGAGCAAAAGCGGCAGAAUCUUCUUACCAGUUCUCCUACGCCACCCUGCGACAGCCACCACCUCCAGACGUCGGAAUGGAGGACUGGGCCAGCAAGCAUCUCAACAUGCACACACAAGGCCUGUUCCGGCGCCGUGUCUCCAUUGCCAACAUGCUGUCUUGGAACCGAGGUUCCAUCAAAAAGCCCAUGCUCGUCACAAGCAACCGUGCUGUCAGAAAGGAGGCUUGCGAAAUGUUCAAGCUGGUGCAGGCCUACAUGGGAGACAGGCCCUCACGUCUGGACCGCCGUCACUGUGCCCUACUCAUUGUCACCAAGUGCUGGGACAUGCAAGGACUGCGGGAUGAGCUGUACGUGCAGCUAGUGAGGCAAACUACAGGAAAUGCAAGCCCCAGAAGCUUGGCGGCAGGUUGGGAACUGAUGGCCGUCAGCUUGGCCUUCUUUGCCCCAUCGCCCAAGUUCCGCUGUUACCUGGACGGCUACAUCCAGAGACACACGGAGCCAACCAGCGACAAGAAAUGUGAGUCUCAGACUGAGAAACAGGUGACUCAGUUCAUAUUGGAACAGCAGGAACUGAAGCUAAAGAAGAAUUCAAAAUCAAGGAAGAAGCGCAAACAAAACACAGAUGAGGAAGAAGGCCUGCCUGUCAGCACAUACGCCAAGUUCUGCCAUCGGAAGCUGCAAAAGGUGGCCAUCACGGGAGGGAAAAAGGGGCUACGUAAGCCCACCUUGGAAGAGGUCGACCAUAGUAGACGGGCCAUCAUCACCCCAUCCCUGUUUGGUAGCUCCUUGGAGGAAGUAAUGGAGCGGCAGAGCGAGCUCUUCCCAGACAGGAAAUUACCCUGGGUGCAAGUUCAACUUUCUCAGUAUGUUCUGGCUCUGGGCGGGGCUCAGACAGAGGGCAUCUUUAGAGUGCCCGGAGACAUCGAUGAAGUCAACGCAUUAAAGCUGCAAGUAGACCAGUGGCGGAUCCCCGAGAACCUGUCGGACCCAAAUGUUCCUGCCUCUCUGAUGAAGCUGUGGUAUCGAGAGCUGGAGGAACCUCUGAUCCCCAUGAACUUCUAUAAACAGUGUGUCAACAACUGUGACGACCCAGUUGCAGCCAUUGCCGUGGUUCAGUCUUUGCCUGAGCUCAACCGGCUGGUGCUCUUCUACUUCAUCCACUUCCUGCAGGUGUUUGCUCAGCCAUCUAACGUAGCUAUCACCAAGAUGGAUGUGAACAACCUGGCCAUGGUGAUGGCCCCAAACUGUCUCCGGUGCCAAUCAGACGAUCCCCGGAUUAUCUUUGAGAACACACGCAAAGAGAUGUCCUUCCUGAGAAUGCUUAUAGUUCACCUGGACACGGGUUUCAUCGACGGAGUGGUGUAGACUGAGAAUAUCUCUCUGCAGAUUACACUGGAAACUCGCGGCAUGAGAUAUGACACCUCGCCGAGAGACAAAGCAAAUCACCGGAAGGUUCAUUUGGUCCAAUGAUACUAAACGACACAGUUUCUUGCAAGAAACUCACAACUGAGCCAUCCUUUGGUGACCUAUUUUUAACCGGUGCACGUGAUGACAAGUUAACUCCUUUUCCUCACGAAAAUAGUUGUAUGUGUACAACAACUUGAGUUCAACCAAGUAUAAGACUAUACAGAGUGUACAAAUAGUCACUCAAGGUUCAUGCUCUGCUGAUGUUUAUGCUCCCUCGUGUGUAUGAUCAUUUUAAGCGUGAGACACUGAUCAUGCAGAGAUUUAUCUUGAAAAUACAAAGAACAUCUGUAAUAUGCUUUCGUUGUUAUCUGAUCACUGGUCUUUUUUUACAUGAUAUUGAGUACAGACUACAGCAUAUACAUUUCAAAGCACAAACUGUUGAUAUUGAGUGUGCUGAGAUUUUGCUUUGAUUUUCUGACUUGUAAUAUUCAUUUGAGGGCAAACAGAUUUGUGUAUUUACAUCAUGUCUUUGUGAAGUGGGAGAUUACUUAUUUAAUAAUAAUUACGGUAUAAUUAUUAUAAGAAUUAUACAAUCUAUAAGAAUUAUUUCAGUUGGACCUCUGUUCUAUAUUCUUGUCAUCUGUGUGUCGUGGCUCAGGUCUUACUGCGAAAAAAAACAAAAACGGAUGUUCGAGGGGAUAACUGUACUGUAGUCUCCCCACAAACAAAAUACGUCAUCCUUGUGGAACCCCUUUACUGAGAAUGGACUGUUGUUCAACUGUCAACCAUUAUGAGAAUGUAGAUUUAAGUUUGAGUCCUCUCUGACUUUUCUAAUGUAAAUAUAUCGUGUGUAAAUAGUAUUAACAGUUUAUUCAAACGACGAAGGAUAAGCGUGGGAGUUGCCGUAAUGAGCAAGAAAAGAUUUUUGUCAUUAUUUUUUGUUCUGCUGUAACCGCCUGCCUUUUGAACAUAGAACUGACUCAAACCACUCAACGUGUGUAUGUAUGUGUGUGUGUAUAGUCUAUCUCCUUGUUUGACUAUAGAACAAUUGUCCAUAAAUAAAGGUUUGUUCAAUUGUA